UCUCGAUGUACCCCGCACUCGUGACGCGAGAGACCGAGACGGCCCCACUGCGGAACCGCGUCUUCUGCACCUUCAUCGACUGCGCCACGUGCGGCCAGUUCUUCCGCGAUGCAUACACGAGGAACUACAAGCCGAACGGCGUCAAAGUUCUUCGGUAAGCAUUGGCACGACGCGUGAUUGCACGCCGCUCGCUCAUGCAUGACUGGACAGAUGCUUCCCCCAUUGCUGCCCCGACCAUGUCCCCCACAGCUCGUGCGGCACCAGCGUUGUGAUGCAGGUGGCAGGACCGUAUUCGCCAGUAGAAGCGCAGUCGUUUGUUGCGUUCGGGCGCUUCGAAACGUGCGCCGAACCGAUGAUGUCCCUGGGCCACCAAGUGCAUCUCGAUGACAUCGACGUCUCGUCCAGUGCAAAUCCCCUCGCGGCGUGGUUCGCCAGCGACAGCCAGUCCGGCCAUAGCCCCAUGCUGUUUACGUUUAAAGCAAAGCAGCACGACCCGUGGCAUUAUGGGUGGACUAGCGGUGCGAGUGCCGCCCUCCGCAACACGCAGCACGUGUUCAAGGGGUAUUUGUUCUCUGCGAAGCAAGACUCGCCGCGCGUACUGCAACUCGUGGGGAUCGCUCAAUCCCCUGGCUUUGUCAUUGUGCCGUACAAACCUGUCGGUCACGAUGAAGUCGAAGCGAUGCCUAUCUCGGUUCACGACGACUUUGUCGACGUGGCGCCGCCGCCGCAAGCCGCCUUCAACUGUCACUUCGUUGCGUGUCAAUGCGAGAAGCCCAUGUUUGGCGACAGCUACAUUCGAUGCAACCGCGCGAACGGCCGCAAGCAACUUCGAUGCUUUCCCCAUUGUUGCCCUGACCACAUAUUGCACUGCAGCUGCGGUGGCCCCAUCAUGUGCGGUGUCGAUUUGACCGAGGCUCCACCACUUGCGCGUCCAACCAAAGAGCUCGUCAUGUACGCCCACGGCGAGCGGUUGCACAUGCCCGAGCUUGCCCUGCACGAUGAAGUCCCCCACGACAUGAUCUUGUCGAGACUGCAUCAACCUAGCAAUGAGCGCGGCGACUGGGUCAAAGGCAUAUUGCAACCCGGCAUUUCGACCCCGACGAAGCUUCUUUUCAACUUUAACCAAAACUCACGACAAGCGGGGUGGCCAUACAACUGGAAGGGCAGCGCAACCAAGGUCGACCGCAAUCGCAAACACAUCUUCAAGGCGUACGUGUUCCAAGUGCUUCGUGGUGGCCACACGUUGCGGGUGGUCAAUUGGAUCUCGUCCACGCCGUUCACCAUGUCGUCGUUUCGACGGUGCAACACAACCCCAACGUCGCGCACCAACUCGUACAUUGAAGUCAAGCCGACCGAGAUCACGGAUCUCGUGGUGCCGCCACUCGUGCCGCGCAAGCGGUCGCUGGACCGGAUUGAGUCGCCGCCGUCGGUGCUCAACGACUCGCAGUCUGCCGGCUGAACAUCCUUCGUGUCGUGACGUUUUUAUUUAUAUAAGAAAGAUAUCGACAACCUGGUGGAUGGUUGGGACCGA